AUUUUAAAAAAAUGUCAUUUCAAGUCAAAGCCAAUGUGAAUCAGGGCAAAGGCCAUGCCUCCUCACAAACCAAACAACAAACCAGGGCCUAUCUCAGUUUAGAAGCUAUGCAAAAAAAUGCACUCUCUACCGCCGAUCUCAUAAAGAUCAAACACCACGAUCAGGUCGCCAUUUGUUUCGCAUGGCCUUCUGUCACUGUAAAGAAACAAGACAUUGAAUUAAGCACCAACACUCGACUCGCAGCUUCUUUGGCCAUUGGCGACUUUGUCGAUAUAGAAAAAUCAGAUACUCAUAGCCAGAUAGAAGCUACCCGUAUCAACAUCGAUUUCAUCACAUCUAAAGACAAACUCACUUUCCAACUCGACCAACACUUUUCCACCUUUCUCAAAGAGUUUUUAGUGGAGCAGACAUACGUUGUGGAGUCCCAAUUACUGGAUAUUCACUAUCUCGGUCAAUUAUGCAGGAUUCAACUCUCACAAAUUUUAUCCAAGCACACGGCCGAGAUUUACAUGGUCACACAAAAUACAAAAAUACAAUACGACACUCCCACCAUGACCAUUGAACCUCCUAAAACUUCCAACGUCAGUGGCGGAUAUAAGGACAUUGGUGGUCUUUCCAAGCAAAUCCAAAUUGUCCGAGAAAUGAUAGAAACACCUCUCAACAACCCAGAACUUUUUAAAAAAUACGGCCUUAAACCUCCCAAGGGUGUUCUACUUUUUGGCCCUCCCGGUACCGGCAAGACCUUAAUCGCCAGAGCCGUUGCCCAGGAAACAGGAGCUCACUCCAUCAUCAUCAACGGUCCCGAAAUCGUCAGCAAAUUCUACGGUGAGACCGAACAAAAGCUACGCGAUAUCUUUGAUCAAGCCAUCGACAUGUCCCCCACCGUUAUCUUUAUUGACGAAAUCGAUGCCCUCUGUCCUAAACGUGAUGAAGCUCCCAGCGAACUUGAAAAACGCGUUGUUACCACUUUACUGACCUUGAUGGACGGUGCCACCACACAAAACCAUCGCGUCGUCGUCAUUGCCGCUACCAAUCGACCCAACUCCUUGGAUGAAGCCUUGCGCAGACCAGGCCGUUUUGAUCGCGAGGUCGAAAUUGGCAUUCCUACUGCUGAAGCUCGUCUCUCCAUCUUUGAAACCAUCAUGUCUAAAAUACCCCAUCAGCUCUCAUCACACGAACUCACGUCCCUCGCAAGUACCUCCCACGGUUACGUAGGCGCAGAUAUCGCAGCUGUCUGUCGAGAAGCCGGUUUAAAAUGCAUUAAACGUUCCACCCACGCCCCGUUGGAGGAUCUGGCCGUUAAUUUGCAGGAUAUGCGUGACGCCAUGACAGAAAUUCGACCCAGCGCCAUGCGUGAAAUCAUGCUGGAAGUGCCCAAAGUCUAUUGGUCCGAUGUAGGAGGUCAAGACGAUAUCAAGCAACGAUUAAAGGAAUCUGUCGAAUGGCCCUUACAGCAUCCAGAGGCUUUCUUGAGAUUGGGCAUUCGUCCUCCCAAGGGCAUUCUCCUUUACGGUCCACCCGGUUGUAGUAAGACCUUGAUGGCUAAAGCCUUGGCGACCGAGGCCGGAUCCAAUUUCAUAGCUGUCAAAGGUCCCGAGUUGUUUAGUAAAUGGGUCGGUGAAUCUGAGAAAGCUGUACAUGAAGUGUUUAGAAAAGCAAGAGCUGCUUCACCCUCCAUCAUCUUUUUUGAUGAAAUUGAUGCAUUGACAGUGAAAAGAGGAGCGUCAGGGGACGGAGGCACUUCAGUGGCAGAUCGAGUGCUGUCUCAACUCUUGAAUGAACUGGAUGGUGUAGAAGCCUUAGUGAACGUGACGGUGGUAGCUGCCACCAAUCGACCUGAUAUCAUUGAUGAUGCAUUGUUGCGACCGGGGAGAAUCGAUCGGAUUUUAUAUGUAGGUCCUCCCAACAUAGAAUCAAGAAGAGAGAUUUUCAAAAUACAACUCUUGAAAAUGGCUUGUGAUUCCGAUGUCGAUAUAGAAGAAAUCGCACAAAGGAGUGAGGGUUGCUCCGGUGCAGAAGCUGUGGCGAUUUGCCAAGAAGCCGCGUUAUUCGCCAUGGAAGAAGACAUUCAUAUCGAAUCCGUAAAAAUGAGACAUUUCAAAAGAUCGCUGGAAACAUUUACGAGAAGAAUUACACCCGAGAUGCUAAACUUUUAUAAAGACUUCCAAGAAAAGUCUGGAUUGCAGAGCAUUUAGUCCAUUUUUUUUUUCACAUAUUUAUCUAUAGACUUUUUUUUAAUACUUUACAAAUUCAACACGGAUACAAUGUUUCUAUACCAUGGGCAUGGUAAUGUUAUUGAC